CCAGUCUUGGUAAGAUUCCGGUUUGUCGACAGGAGUUACGUCACUUCCGUUUCGACAACUGGCGGGACUUCUUCACAUGGUGGCUGCCGAGUAGGUUAUUUACAGACCUUAAAACUUGUUUUAAGUGGCACUGCGUUUAAAAUUCAUACAACAUGAUGGCUUCAAACGGAAAGAACGCCUGUGGAGUAAAUGGUGACGUGCCAUCGGCGUCUUUAAAUGGCACUAAAGAAGCUUUUGCAAACAAAUCACACUCUGCCGGGGUAAACGGAGUAGCAAAGGAGGAGACGUCCAAGCUGCAGAACGGAGGGACCGGAGCAGAGAGGUUCACCUUCAGCCCCGAGCCCACCCUGGAGGACAUUAGGCGGAUGCAGGCGGAGUUCACAGACGAACGGGACUGGAAUCAGUUCCACCAGCCCCGCAACCUGCUCCUGGCCAUGGUGGGUGAGGUAGGCGAGGUGUCGGAGCUGUUCCAGUGGAAGGGUGAGGUGGCCGAGGGCCUGCCGAGCUGGACCGAGUCCGAGCGGGAGCAACUGGCACAGGAGCUGAGCGACGUCAUGAUCUACCUGGUGGAGCUCGCCGAAAAGUGUCACGUCGAUCUUCCUCAAGCAGUGCUGCGUAAAAUGGCCCUAAACCGACUGAAAUACCCCGCCAGCAAGGUGCAUGGAUCGGCCAAAAAGUACACGGAGUACAAGGACUAAGUUUGGGUGAAAAGACAAAGGCUGUAAAUGCUGGUGCUCACCUCACGGACAACAUGCUGCAUGGCAUACUACUGAACACUUUAUCCCCUGGUUCAUAUAGCUUCCUCUGGGUUGACUUGUUACAUAAGAGGGCUCUUAAUUUAUGUGUAUUUUCUCAGGUGCAUUUGUAAGCCUACAUUUGAAAGUCCCCUUACGUAGGCAAGGCAAUUGGGAAAUACAGCAUGCUGGUUUUAUUUUGUUUAAAUUUUGUUUUUACUCUUUUAAUCAUCGAUGUGCAGGAUGGAGUUUGAGGCAAUGUAUACUCUUCACAGAAAAUAUUACUGUUGUGCAGUGCCUUUGGGGGUAUUUAGAAUUUAUUUCUCACUGAACAUUUUAGAAAGCUUGACGAGUGUGACGGUGGAUUAGAAAGUUGGUGGAAUUGAAGCAGAUGAUUAUUGUCCUGACUAUUCCUGACAAAAGAAUAACUGAUUUUGUUUUUAUGCGGCGUUACGUUUUUUUGUUAUCUUCAUUUUCCAUCAGGGUUGGAUCUACUCAUCAUCUGUUUUGUUCACAUCUCAACUGUCACUUUUUCUGAGAAAGUAAAAGGUUGCUUUAAAUCUG